GACACGUGACAAGAUAACUUAACAUAACCCAAUUUUUUAAGUGUACUCAAAUACUUAAACCAAAAUUUUUAUCAUUGAAAGAUAGUAAAAUUAUGCGUACUUAUAUAUACGAAUAAGCUGCAGCGAAUCCAUAGUAUACUGGACUUGAUUUUGUCUUGUAUAACCCGAACAUUAUAGGUAGGCAGAUAUAGGUAUGAACAAUUUGCAUACUAUUAUUAUUGGUGCUGGUGCUGCCGGAAUAGCUGCCAGCAGCAGAUUAUUAGAGAACAAUAUCCAAAAUAUAUUAAUAUUGGAGGCAAGAGAUAGAAUAGGAGGAAGAAUUCAUACCAUAGAGGUGGACGGAAGUGCACUUGAUUUUGGGGCGCAAUGGUGUCAUGGAGAAGAAAAUAAUAUUGUCUAUACAUUAGCGAAAGACUUAGAUGUAUUGAGUCAUUCAAAAAACGAGUACAAUUCUUUUAACGUUUAUUCUCCAACAUUAAACCUUGAUAAGGAUGUUGUGAACCAACUUAUUCCGAUAGCUGUCACUAUUAUGGAUGAUACAGAAGCACUUCAAAACAGCACAGAGAAUUUUGGGGACUACUUUGAAAAAAGUAAAUCCAUGUGUUGGUAGAUUUUUGGCUGAAAUGAAAACUGACUUUGAAAACAAGCUUAGUCCACAAGUAACGACUGCACUCAUGGAUUGGUUUCACAAGUUUGUUAAGUGUCUUAAUGCGUGUCCAACUUGGUACACUUUGUCUGCUAAGGGAUUAGUGCAUUAUGAAGUCUGCGAUGGCAAUUAUUAUCAUCAAUGGAGAAAUCGUGGAUAUAAAACAAUCUUAGAGAUUUUAAUGCGAGAAUUCCCAGAUCCUCGAAAGAAAUUACCUAUUAGCCAAAAAAUACUUUUAAAUAAAAUAGUCAGUAAGAUAAUAACAGACAAAUCUGAUGGAGUUACUGUGAUCUGUAGUGAUGGUACAAAGUAUAGUGCGAGAUAUGUUCUGGUUACUUUACCGUUAGGUGUAUUAAAGGAAAUCCAUAACAGUUUAUUCGAGCCUCAAUUGCCAUCACAUAAAGUGAACGCUAUUAAUGGAUUGGGUUUUGGCACUGUUAAUAAGAUAUUAAUCAAGUUUCCCUUUCAGUGGUGGCAAAGAGAUGAAAAAGGGGUUAGUAUAGUCUGGUCUGAAAAAGAUCGUGACAAUGUCUUGCGAGAAUUCCCAUCUACAAUGUUACAGAGCAGAAAGUCAUGGCUUGAGAGUGUUAUGGGUUUUUACCCAAUUGAUAGUCACACAAAUAUUUUGUUGGUUUGGUUAGUGGGUAGCUCACUAGAAGAAAUCGAAAAAUUAUCCGAUGAUAAAAUAAUUGCAGGAUUAAUGUUCGUGUUGAAAUAUUUUAUUGGGUCAAGAUAUCCAGAUCUACCAAAUCCAAUUUCAGUCAUAUGCUCUAAGUGGUACUCUGAUCCAUACACACGAGGUUCUUAUUCUUACAGAAGUUUAAUUUCUGAUGACAUGAAUGUGUUCGCAAGUGACUUAGCAGAACCUAUUCACUUAAACAAUAAAUCAUUGUUGAUGUUCGCGGGGGAAGCGACCAGUUCUCAUCAAUAUUCAACAGUUCAUGGGGCUAUUAGUAGUGGUUUCAGGGAGGCUGAUCGAAUUAUUAACGUUUGCAAGACUGAACCAAAGAGUAAAUUGUGAAGUACGAAAUUAUUUUGACUAAGAAUUAUAAUGGUAUCAUUAAUUUGUUAUUGUCUAUUAUCUUUAUUAACAUUAAAUAAUGUCAUUGUC